AUGUCUACUUUUCCCAAUAGUGCAAGCGAUUUUCAAGAUCCAUCAUUCUGGAAAGAAUUUUACAAAGAUGCCGGAGAUGCGUUUGAAUGGUACGGUGAUUUGAAGAAUUUUGGGUGUGUCUUGACCAAAUAUUUGAAAACAACUGAUAAAAUUCUACAAAUUGGAUGCGGCAGUUCAGAAUUAGCGGAUCAGCUUUACGAUGGUGGUUAUCAAGUAAUUGAUAGUAUCGACAUUGAUGAAGGAAUCAUCCGAAAACAAAUAGCCAAGAAUUGUUCAUCAAGACCGGAAUUACAGUUUAUAUGUUGUUCGGCAACAAAAAUUGAAGCGCCAGACGAAAAAUACAACGUUGUCUUAGACAAGGGGACGUUAGAUGCAUUAAUUCCAUCCGCAAAUGAGGACAUAGUGGAGAAAAUGGAAGACGUAGAAAAAAUGUAUGCUGAAGUAUGCCGGGUGCUUGCGGUCGGAGGUCGAUAUGUUGUGCUUACGCUUGCUCAAAAACACGUGCUCAAUUCAUAUAUGCCAUUUUUUCUGGAACGGAAGGACUUCAUUAUACGGGUUGAAAAGAAUACUGAUGCUAAUUGGGAGUUUCCUCUGCCAAUAUUUUUGCUUAUCGCGACGAAACUUCGUGUUUCUCUUGCUUCACCAUACAUGGAGUUAAUACUUUCACUGGAAAAGAAAUCGGUUAAAUUCUCCUCUUUGGAAAACUUGAUUAGUGCGAUAAAUGCGGAGCAGGAAUUCUCGAGAUUUCGCCAUAUGUGUUCCAAAAAAUUGGAACAUGAAGUAAAUUUGAUACUGCAUGAUAGCGAUGAGAGACCACGAUAUCGGAUUGCAGUUCUUGACGACCCGAAAGUCAGUGAAUUAUGUUCCUUCGCUGUCUUCAUCGUCCCGGUUGGCAGAGAUCGCGACUGGUUUUUCGCUACUGAAAGAGGCCGUUCAUCACUUCGCAAACAAUGUGAUAAAGAUCGGUUGGCAGUUGCUACACUUUAUCGUGAGCAAAAAUAUGAAAGUAUGGAGCAGGUUAAAGAUGAAUUGGGUCCAUAUCAGAAGUCGGUGGUAGAAUUUCUUUCUCUUGGAAAAAUUGACGUUAAAGAAACUCGUGCCACAGGAAAUUCCGAUGUCAACGGUCCAUGGGCAGUGGAAGAUGUCCGCAUACAAAGUUCCAUAUAUCGAAGACUUGUUUUUUUGUCUGCCCAAAAUCUAGUACAGUCUGAAGUUAAAUUGAUUCGGAACAGAAGAGGUGUCGAAAUUGUGGAUUUGCAUACAUUAACCUCGGAAUAUCAUGAGGCGAUGUUGGCAGCACUACCUUUUAUGUUACGUCCUGGUGAAAAAUUGAACCAUGCAACUAAAUUACGAUUACUUGUUCUUGGAUUAGGUGGUGGUGUUCUGCCCUCCUUUCUGCACAUCAAAUUUCCGUCAAUGUUUAUCGUAUCUGUGGAAUUAGAUCCGAAGGUGGCGGAAAUUGCAAAGUACUGGUUUUCUUUCAAUAGUGACUCGCGUUUGACCGUUGUGAUCAAGGAUGCUCUUACAUAUAUUGAAGAACUGGUGCAGCAGAAUGAUGAGUCACGCUUGUUCGAUGUCAUAUUCAUUGAUGUGGCUGGAAGCAUUCACGAAGAUGGAUUGAGUUGUCCAUUACCGUCGUUUGUAACAGAGAAAGCUCUCAAUAAUAUGUAUGCUGCACUUUGUGCAAGAGGAGUAUUGGCUUUAAAUCUAGUAACUCGAAACGAUAGUGUUGCUGAGCAAAUUAAAGACCGUGUUUUGUCGAUUUUUUCCUAUUAUUGCAGUCAUUCCAGCCAGGAAGACAUAAAUCAGGUUUUGAUUUGUCCAAAAGUACGGAAGAGCUUAUACGAUGUUCGAAAAGCCUGUGAAAAUUACAAAAAAGAGAAAGGGACACUGGGAAAUUUAUUCUCAAAUGUUUCGACGCUGAAAUUUUAUGAGAAGCGAGCCGACUGA